AUGCUGCGACAAAUAAAACCCCGUAACGCCCGCUCCAAGCGGGCCCUCGAGAAGCGGGCCCCCAAGGAGAAGGAGAACCCCAAGACGUGCCUCUUCCUGCGCGGGACGACGUGCUCGCAGGUGACGCAGGACGCCCUGGCGGACCUGUACUCACUCCGACAGCCGCUGGCCAAGAAGUUCACCAAGAAGAACGCGAUCCACCCCUUCGAGGACGCCACCUCGCUCGAGUUCUUCUCCGAGAAGAACGACGCCUCCCUGCUGGUCUUCGGCAGCUCCUCCAAGAAGCGGCCCCACUGCCUGACCCUCGUGCGCACCUUCGGCCACCGCGUCCUCGACAUGCUGGAGCUGGGCCUCGACGCCGACUCCUUCCGCCGCCUCGCCCAGUUCCGGGGAAAGAAGCCCGCCGUCGGGCUGAGGCCCAUGCUCGUCUUCGCAGGUCCGGCCUUCGAGAGCACCGUCCCGGACAAGUUCACCAUGGCCAAGAGCAUGCUCACCGACUUCUUUGCCGGCGAGAGGGGAGCCGGCUCCGACAAGGUCGACGUCGAGGGCCUGCAGUACGUCAUCGUUAUCUCCGCCGACGAGGCCGAGGCCCAGGCCGCCACCGCCACGGGCCUGGGCGACGGUUCCGUCAGCAAGCCCGCGAUCCACCUGCGGUCGUACCUGAUCCAGACGAAGCGGAGCGGGCAGCGGUUACCGCGAGUCGAGGUCGAGGAGAUGGGCCCCCGGAUGGACUUGCGCGUGGGCCGCAUGAGGGAGCCCGACGAGGCCAUGAACAAGGAGGCCAUGCGGCGGACCAAGAAGGGCGAGGAGAAGACCAAGAAGAACGUCACCGUGGACUCGAUAGGCGACAAGCUCGGCCGCGUCCACAUGGGCAAGGUGGACCUGAGCGCCCUGCAGACGAGGAAGAUGAAGGGCCUGAAGAGGAGCCGCGGCGACGAGGACGAGAGCUCGGCGGAGGAGGAGGAAGCGCCCAGCAAGCGGAGGAAGUGA